AUGGAUACAUCUUCCAUGCGUCAGGUCAACGAGCAAAACAAUGGAUACAUCUUCCAGGCGUCAGGUAAAUGGGCAAAACAAUGGAUACAUCUUCCAUGUGUCAGGCAAACGGGCAAAACAAUGGAUACAUCUUCCAGGCGUCAGGUAAAUGGGCAAAACAAUGGAUACAUCUUCCAUGCGUCAGGCAAACGGGCCAAACAAUGGAUACAUCUUCAAGGCGUCAGGGAAACGGGCAAAACAAUGGAUACAUCUUCCAUGCGUCAAUUAAACGGGUCAAGCAAUGGAUACAUCUUCCAAGCUUCAGGCAAGCAGGCCAAACAAAGGAUACAUAUUCCAUGCGUCAGGCGUCUUGUAAGCAGGCCAAACAAGGAAUACAUCUUCAAUGCUUCAGUUAAGCGGGCCAAGCAAGGUAUACAGCUUCCAGCGUCAGGUCAUCAGAUACGUGACGACGACGAAGACGAGGACUAUGGAGGCGUGGUGUACAUCUAUAACGCAACAAACGUCAUCGUGGCCACGCCCAAGAAGGCUAACGACCGCCUAGGAAACUCCAUCUACACAGGCGUGUCACCCUAUUGGGUGGGACCGAACUCGCAAACAAGCGGUUCCGUGGAGGUUCGGGUGCGCUGCUGGAAGGCCUCGUCACUUCCGAUUCCGGAAUACUCCCUGACAAAUAGAAACAUUACUGCCGCAACUGGGUCUGGUGAGUUAAGUUGGAUUCUCUUUUCACAUCAUUGUUGUUUAUCAGUCAAUAAACAACUUUUUUAUAAACAGUUCUUGAUCGUUGUGGCUUAUGUGCUCUUUGUAGCGGAAGUCCUCCUAAGGCAAGCGAUCAAUAAGCAAAAAGCUGACAGGCCGUUUCAAAUUGUCAAAAUAAGUCAGGUUAGCGAAAUAAGGGCCAUAGGUGAUCUGCAUAUUUUCUUAUUUCCAGCGUCCGACUCCUACGUGAAAGUGAAUCACGGGCUGGGCGGGUAUCCUAGUCUCGUGGUCUCUCGCGUGAACGUGCGAUGGGAAAAGGAGAACUGCACGGUGUACGCUGACUCCGUUGGUGCCUCUGGUAUGGUGUACGCUGGGAAUGGAUAUUAUCAGACGAAUGGUUACGUUGUGGUUGGCUACGACGCCUUCAACAUCCAGGUGUGGACCCCAUCUGACGCGGCCGGAAGACUGCUUGGACUCGGAGACGGCCUGGGGAUCAUCUUGGAGGCAAAAAGUGGUUCCCUGGAGUUGUACGCGUGGAGCCAGAGCCGUCUGCCGGCCACUUCCGGCGCUACCAAGGAGCUCAACGCGUCCCAGGCCGGAGCCGACAAGGAGUUGAGCUUCACGGCGGCGGGAUCGGAGGAUCAGAUGUUCACCAGGGCGUUAAUUCAGUCCGACAGCGCCCCCAACGUCGGCUACCGUUUUCCAGGCAAUGGGUACCUCGCAUAUGAAACCACAAACUACUCGCAGCCUUGCACGUACGGCGGGCUGGUGUACGCGUACACAAACGAGAGCGCGCGAGUUUGGCAGCCGGCGUACGCCACGGGGGCGCUGAUCUGCCUCGCCAGCUGCUUGGGCAAUGGGACGAACAGUCAAGCGUCCAACGAAGGGACGGUGGUAUUGCAGUCGUGGGAAUUAGAUACGGAUGAAUGCCGGGCAAGCCCUUGUCAACAUGGCGUUAGGUGCGUCAAUCGUUUUCGUGGAUACAGCUGCGAGUGCGAAAGCGGGUACGAGGGCCAAAACUGUGACGUCAACGUCGAUGACUGUGUGAACCACGCAUGUCAAAACGGGGCUACAUGUUCGGAUCUCGUAAAUGAAUACAACUGUUCGUGCGCACCGGGCUUUGAGGGUGACAAGUGUCAGACAGCCACAGCAACAUCUCCGCUGACUUCUACAGGAACUACCGCAGUGACACCGACCCACGGAGGGUGGAGCGAUUGGCAGGAGUGGCAGCUCUGUUCUGUAACGUGCGGCACGGGUGUGAGACGACGGUACCGUCUCUGUAACAACCCUCCACCUGUAGAUGGCAGUUCGCAGUGCGCAGGCGCGUCCUACGAAGAAGCUGCGUGUAACAGCGGGACGACGUGUCCGGCAGCCCCAGCGGAAGCCACGUGGGGUCCUUGGUCCGCCACCUCGAGCUGCUCUGUCACAUGCGGAUACGGGACCCAACUGAGGGUGAGGUUGGAAUGCAGUUGAUAGACGCACCACAAUCGAUCAUCUUUCAAAACCAGGGAAUGUAUUGAGUCAUCGGGUUCCACGUGCACCGGUGUCAACGAACAAUCCACCCCGUGCGUUAUGUCCGCCUGUCCAAUAGACAUCGCGUAUGGAACCAGCUAUGUGCAC